UACUCCUUACUCGUAUGAGUUCGGCUCUUGUAUGUCGGUAAUUUUAUGUAAACUCGGGACAGUUUUGCAGUAUCAUUCAUGCCUUAUAUAUACAUUUAGAGUUCAAUUUAUCAUGUAAAUAUAACUAUCGGAGUAAAAAAAAUAUAUAAUCGUUUUUCGUCAUCUAAAUUUAAUAUUAUCGUUCCCAAUGAUACUUUUUUUGAAUUUAUAUAAAGUAAUUAAAUGAUAAAAUGACCUUAAACUUAAAUUAAAAUUUUUUAUCACGUGUGUAAAAAUGACAAGUAUAAAUAAAAGUUUUGUGUUCAAAAAUCAUUUAUUUGUUAUAUCUUAUGACAUAAACGGAGUCAAAAACCUAAGGUGAUUGUGGAUCGAUACUGUUGCAUUUCGUUCGUAAAGAAACGCACAAUUACUUCCUGGGGAAUAUCAUCAGAAAAACACAAUGGAAGAUUCUCAGAGCCGAUACGAAAAUCCUUCGGGUUUAAAACGAUCUUCGUAUAGUUAUCGAAGAUUUUCUGACUUAGUUCCAGCACGAGUGGUUUUAUAUAUGCUCUCAUUUUCCGGAUUCCUCGUAUCAUUUAUGAUGAGAACAGAUAUAAACAUCGCAAUAGUUGAGAUGGUUCAAUUUCAACCCCUCGUCUCUAAGUCGGAAAUCCCCAGGGACUCAUAUUGUUAUGAAAAACUAAACGGAACUUUGUCAUUAAAUAACUCCACUGAUUCACACAAAACAACGGGUGAAUUUGAUUGGAGUCCAAAAAUACAAUCUGCAAUAACGGGAAGUUUUUACUGGUGUUAUAUUCUUUCACAAAUUGUUGGGGGUGUGCUUACCCAAUAUUUCGGAACAAAAACUGUUUUUGGUGGCUCACAAUUAAUUACUGCAAUAUGUAGUUUACUUAUACCUACCGCAGCAGAACUGCAUUAUGGAGCAAUGAUAGCUCUACGAAGUAUUCAAGGAAUUGCUAGCGGCUUAACCUGGCCAGCGAUGUAUGCGAUCGUCGGGCAUUGGAUCCCGCCGGUAGAACGUUCGCGUUUUAUGUCAUCGUUCCAAGGGUUCAGUUUCGGCAUCGGCUUGACGUACUUCCUGUGUGGGUUUCUCAUCGCCCAUUAUGGCUGGAGAGUUGUCUUCUACACAACUGGCAGUAUCGGAGUCUUCUGGUGCUUGCUGUGGUUUUUCUUCGCCUUCGACACACCAGCCUCUCAUCCACGGAUAACUCAUCAGGAGCGUCAGUAUAUUCAAGGCAGCGUUAGCCAUCAAGUUGGAAAUACUGAGCAAGCGAUGCCAGUACCUUGGAAGUCUAUUUUGACUUCUUGGCCAGCAUGGGCUAUUGCUAUUACAACAUUUGGAAGAAUAUGGGUGCAUUAUGUGUUCAUUAUUCCCGGCCCAAUGUACAUGAAAACUGUCUUAGGCUUCAGUAUCCAAACUAAUGGAUUCCUGUCCGGGGCUCCAUUUAUUUGUAGUUAUUUCAGUUCAGUUGUUUUCUGUUACAUUGCGGAUCUUCUUGUAACUAGACAAAUAAUGACUUUAACCAACGUACGAAAAAUGUUCACAGCCAUAUCUCAAGUUAUUCCUGGUUUACUAGUAUUACUGAUUGGGUACUUAGGCUGUAAUAUUGUCAUUGUUCUCAUAGUUUGGUUCAUUGCUGUAACAUUAAUUACAGCAGCUUACGCUGGCGCGAUGGCUAAUAUUGUUGAUAUCGCACCAAAUUUAGCUGGUCCAGUUUUAGCAUUCGCUCAAACAAUUCACAUGACUGCCAGUUUCUUGUCACCGGCGGCUGCCGCUAUAUUUACUGACGAAGAUCAAACUUUAGAUGCCUGGAGAAACGUAUUUGGCCUCACUAGUGGUAUCGCAUGUGGUACUUAUAUUAUAUAUCAAAUAUUUGGUACAGCUGAGAUUCAAUCGUGGAAUUAUCCAGAUCAAAAACGUCCUCAGAUAGUAGAUAACGACAUCGAGCCCCUGAAUGAUCCGAGUUUGAGAAAUGGUAAAAUUCUACCCAAACAGAAUAAUGAUCCAGAGCAACCGGAGUUAAUAAAUGAAUACUCACACUAAAAAUUUAUGUACUUGAAAAAUAAGACUUUGAUAAAUUAUAUAUAAUAUUAACUUUAGAAAAAAAUUACUUACAACACUGUCGAAUACUACGUAUUUAAAAGUAAAUGCAUUCAAUUGAGUGCGUAACUUUAAUUCCUGUUAUAUUGGCAGUUAACGUAAGCUUGUAUUUAAAUGUAGAAAAGCAGAGUAUUUUUAUGAUAUGAAAAUCUCAGGUAAAAUUUUACCAAUUUAUAGACUAUUAGGAUUAUAGAUCAUUUACUAAGUGGGCACAAUUGUACUCAAUUAAUAUAUAUACAUAUAUAUGUGUAUAUAUAUUAGUAUUGAAUAAUCUAAAGUAUUUUAAAAUUCGCGGUAAAAAAACAACAGUCACUUUGCAAAUCAGUUUCAUUCUUAUUUGAAAUAUAUAUCAACUUUUUUUUUCCAAACUCAAUAGUCGAACGAUUUUAGACAUGUAUAUAAAAUAUAAUAAUAUAUAUCGAAUUAUUGGUAACUUUCUUUUUAAUGACUUAAAAUUUUAAUAUUUUUUCCAAUAGUUCAAGUUUCUGUCACAGAUAAAUCGAGCACAGACACGAAUUUACGGAAACAUUAUUUUUGGUUACUUUAAAAACUAAGCUCUCCACUAAAUAAAAAUUGAAUAUUCGAAAGCUGAUCAGAAUUUUCUCGAUUCGAAUCGAGUAGAAAAGAAAAAUAUCUCUAUCUGAUCUAGUAAACGUAAAAUUGGUUUAGCGACUUAAUUAUUACCACUUAUCACAAUGUUCUUAAACAAUAUUUUUUUAUGCACGAUAUAGGUUUUAAACUGAGUCUAAUUUCACAUGAAAAUAUUUUUUAAAACUAAUCGUAACUUUAUUAAUUAGAAAAAAAUAAACUUAAUUACUAGAUCAUUAUUUUUAUGAGAAUUAAGAAAUUUUUUUUUUUAACUAUUUUUUGAGGCAGUUCAAUAAUUCCCAAUAACGUCUACUUAUUUAUAUGUAUGAAUAUAUAUAUAUAUAUAUAUUUAGAGGUCAAUCGAUAUAAUUAUUAUUUAAGAUGUGAUUGAUUCACUUCUUCAUAAUAUAGAAUCUCACUAUAGUGUAAAAAGAAUUCGUUCCGAAAAAAUUCCAAAAAAGUUCCACAUGUGGAACUUCUAAAAAUGAGACAGAUUAGAACUUCGAAUGGAACUUUUUUGGAACGUUAGUAAUUUUGAUGGUAAAAAAAAAGUUUUUAUAAGCAAAUUUAGAGUCAAAAAAGGACGUUUUUGGAAGUUUUUAUAUACUUUUUUUUUGUUCUAUAAAAAGUUCAAAAGUAGUGAUUUUGGAAAGUUUUUGGAACGCCUUUUUUAGACCAUAAAAAAGUCAAAAGUGGUGAUUCUGGAAUUAUUUUGGAAUGUCCAUAUAAAAUUUCAAAAACCUCCUUUUUUGACUCUAAAUUUCCUCAUAAAAACUUUUUUUUUGAUGCCACGACCGUUUACCCUCGGACAAAAUAACUUCGACAAAAUAACCUCGUAACAAAAUAACCUGAAAAAAAAUAACUUUGUUAUAAAAAAACCUAAACAACAAUAACCUGAAAAAAUUCACAUAAAUCUAUAACGAUAAAAUUCGUUUUGAAGGUUAUCGUUGUUCAGGUUAUUUUAUAACAAAGUUAUUUUUUUUCAGGUUAUUUUGUUACGAGGUUAUAUUGUUCUAGGUUAUUUUGUCGGGGUUAUUUUGUCCGAGGGCAAUUUGUUACGGAACCUACUUUUACCAUCAAAAUUACAAACGUUCCAAAAAAGUUCCAUUCGAAGUUCUAAUCUGUUUCAGGUUUAGAAGUUCUACAUGCGGAACUUUUUUGGAAUAUUUUUGGAACGAAUUUUUUUUACACGGGUCAGAAGAGAAAAAUUUUUUUUUUUUUUUUUAUUGAUAAAUUUUGUUUUUAUUUUAUAUAUAAAAUAAUAAUUAAUAACUUACUAGGGAAUAGUUAUUUUGAAAGUAAAAUUAUUAGAAAUUUUUUAUAAAUAAAUAAUCUCUUAUAAAAUAAUAAUUAGAGGUAAAAUAUAAAAAAAUUCCUAAGAAAUAAUUAUAAAAAAAUUAUAGCAUGAAUUAAAACUUUUAAUACUAAAAUAAAAAAUUUGAAAAUACAACCUCAUAAAAUACUACUUUAAUAAUACGUUUUUUGAAAUUUGAAAAAAAUUAAAGUUGUUAAAUUCAUAAUUAAAAUAGAUGUACUAUUAUGUAUAUCUAAAGUACAUUCUAAUGAAAUAAGAAAUGAAAAUAUAUAUUCAAGAUUAAACUUAUGAGUGCCUUGCUGUAAAAAUGACAAACAAUAUAAAUAACCGUUUAAUUAAUAAUAAUAAAUAGUUGAUCCUUAAUUUUUUGUAACGACUUCUCGAUAGUUGCGAACAGUAAAAUUAAAUAAAUAAAUAAAGAUAUUGUAAUUAUAAUGUAAACGAAUGUAUAAUUAAUCAAAAACGCUAUAAAUAUGUGAAAUUUUUGUGAGAGUAUAAAGCAAUGCGAUUAAAGAAAAUAUAAAUAAACUGAGUCAUUACUUAUAAUUUAUUUUAUUACAUGAAUUUAAAAUUCGAAUGUUGGUUAUAGAAAUAUUUUCUAAUUAUAAAAGGCCUGACGGCCAUACUGACAUUGCGGCGUCCGCAACAACUAUUACCAAUGUUACUAUUUCCGCAAUGGUUGUAAGGAAGAGAGUUUACCGGUAAAAUAAAUAUUUUACUUGUUGUACCAAUUUUCAGCAGGUUAUUUACCGGAUAAAUAACCAAAGAAGUUAAUUUUGUUCCGUGGGUGGCGUUGAUGUGCGAUUGAAGAUGU